AAGCAUGGAAGCCGAGAGUUGCCGCAGCACAGCACAGCACAGCACACCACCAUUCCAUCGGUCAUAGUAACGCCGCCACAAGGCCCACGACAAGGAAGGAGACCGCCAUCGCAUACUCCGCGUAGCAACACAUAAAAACACUAGCCAGAAACAGUGCAAGCAAGGAUCAAUAGCAGUACUAGUAGCAUACAUCAUGGGUUUCAAGAUCUUCUCCCGUCGUUCCUCUCCCCUUACGGAUAUGGAUGGCUACACCAAGGAGGACUACCUUCAGCUGCAGCAGGAGAACCGCCGGUUGCGGCAAAUCACAGCUCGCAUCGCCACGAAAAUAGGACUCCAUGUGCCCAAGAAUAGCAAACCCCGUACGGGAGAGGAGGAAUACUGUCCUCCUCCUCACGUCAUCAUGGCGCAAGCGCACCGAUUGAAUAAAUUGAAUGAACUGGUCGUAGCGCUCAGUCAGGCACCGCGGGUGGCGGAUGCCUACAAGAUUGUCGCCGAGUACACCCGCGAAAUUGUCGGUGCCGCUCGCGUCAGUAUCUCGCUCUUGUCCAAGGAUGAAACCGGCUGUGAGCAGUUGGAGAUUUACGGACUCGAUGGUACAUCGGGGGCGAUGCCUCUGGGUAUGAAACUCCCCUUGGCAGGCACUCAAAUUGGUCACGUCGUGCGGACCCGAGAACCCGUCCGCGUAAUGGACUGUGCCCAUUCGGAAUUCUUGGAUUGUCGCAAUUUGAGUCAAAUGGGAGUUCAGGCGUGUGUGGAUGUACCCUUGAUAUCGUCGGGGCGGGUAUUGGGAACGCUCAAUACCGGAGUGACGGAUCGUGCUGUCUACUACCCGGAAGUGGAACAAAUGCUCUUGCAGAUUUCCAGUGUCCUGGCAUGCGCCAUUGAAAAGGAACGAUUGUUGGAGGAAGCCAUGGAAGCCAGGAAUAAAAUCCUAUUGGAGAAACAACCCGAGUGCAACGGCUGCCGCAACAAGAGAAUGGCCGAAAAGUGCGGAAAAGCGCCGAGGUCGGUUACCAACUAAAGAGGAGAGGCUUUUUUCUCUUGCGAACCAAGCAACCACCCCUUGUACUUUUUACAUAUUAUUGUAUGGUAGGAACUUCAUAAGAAUAUAAUCCGGAGAGCAAACUCUCAUUUU